UCUCCACAUCUGAGCUUGCCCCAAACAACACAGUUUUCUUCAAGUUUCAUCAAAGAAUCUGUUCUUAUAUAUAUCUAUAUAUAUACAUAUUGGAAUCUUAUUGCAGUAACUCAGGGAAGAAGCUGAUGGAGAUGGCUGAUCAUUACUAUCUUCAACAAAGUCACCAUCAGCAGCAGAGUUGCGGUCUGAUGAUGUACCGGUCGGCACCGACGCCGUUGCUCGAGAACCAUGCCAGUGGUGUUAUCGGAGGCGGUACUACCGGAUUCGAUGUAUUCGGGGGUUUUCGAUCUUCUUCGGGUCCCGAAACGGAAUCAUUCUUCAUGUUGUCUGAUAACGUUUCAUCUGAUAUGCAAGAAUAUGAAGAGAAAUCUGUGAAGGAAGAAUAUCAGAUUCAGAGCCUACCGAUGCAGGGUGUUGGUAUCGAUGUUGGCUCGGAUCUCGUUCGGCAAAGUAGCUCUCCUGCUCGGUUUUUCUCCAACCAAUGCCUAGAUGAUGGGUUGAGGGCUUGUAAUGGUACCAAUGGUGACAAUCAUAUAAGCUUCUCCUCUAUGCCAUCUUCAUAUUCAAAGACGAUGCCUCGAAUAGCUCGAGUCGAGAACCAAAGCUUAGGUGAUAGUAACGGUGGAAAUCGGAGCAACGGGCAAUUCAUCCCCGACUUGGUGACUGAUUCAAGGAACAAUGCUUCACUUAGUGGCUUGAAAAGAGCUAGAGAAUGUGAUGGUGGUGACUUUUCUUGUGGUCCAAGCAAAUUACAAACACAGAACCAGGAUGGCAGACACUGCUCUGCUGGUUUAACUCACCAUUUGAGUUUGCCUAAGACUUAUGAGAUGGAUGCAGUAGAGAGGUUCUGGCAGUUUCAAGGAUCGGUCCCUUGUAAGAUUCGAGCGAAAAGAGGUUGCGCCACUCACCCACGCAGCAUCGCCGAGAGGGUGAGAAGGACACGGAUUAGCGAACGAAUGAGGAAGCUUCAAGGUCUGUUCCCGAACAUCGACAAGCAAACGAGCACUGCAGAUAUGUUGGAUAUGGCAGUGGAGUAUAUCAAAGAUCUACAAAGGCAGGUCAAGACAUUGAGGGAUAACAAAGCAAAGUGCAGCUGCUCAAGCCAAAACUGAAGAUGGUGUUGGUCAUUUGUAAAUUGUAAUUGAAAUGCAAUGCGUUGAAGGACUAAUAGAUUCUUAGAUUAGAUUAGAAUUGGAAUUAGAAUUAGAAGAAGGGUAAGAAUAGAAUGUUGAGAGAGUUGAGUGAUUUGUGAUUGUGAAAGUUAAGAGAUUCAGGGCCUGAUUUGUAAGAUCAU